GUUGUCAUUUGUCAAAACACUGACCAAGUCGGAAAUAGAAAUGAAUAAAUCUCAAUACAGUAUUAUUAAAAAGUUUAUUUGAAAAUGUUGAAUAAUAUACCAGUUGAAUUUCGUAAAUUUAAUCGUCACCGGUCGUAUUUAAAAAAAAUAUUAAGAGAUACAAAUUGUGCUAUAGAAGAUAUUAAAAAUGGACAAGUUUUAGAUGAAAUAAAACAACAAUUAACUUUUUGCACUGUGGAGACGUUGCAUAAAGUGUUGGAUAACACCCCAGCAUUCGUUGUACUUGGUCAAACUUGUUUUGGGAAAGCUUUAUUUGUUAAUUUUUUACUCAAUUAUAAACUUUUACCACAAAAACUCAAAUCUAAUUGGAGAUGGGUAAAAAUCAGUUAUGGUAUACGUAAAUCGUUACGAUUAACCUUAGGUUCAGAAUAUGAGAUUGUUGAUUCAUUAAAGUCAUUGCAACAACCUUGGACUGGUAUAGCAGAAGAUGAUUUAAAACGUGAUAAUUCAGAAUCUCCAACAGAUCAUUGUCCCACAAUAGAAGUUGAAAUUCCAGCAGAAAUUUUAAAAGAGAAUAUAAACAUUUAUAUUCCGCCCGAUUGCGGUUCAGAUGAAUUACAAAAAGUACUCUCAAAACAAUUAGACUCGAUUUACCCAAUUUUUAUCUAUGCAGUAACCGAAAAUGCGCUCACCGAAUCUGAUAUUCAUAAUAUUCGCGUUUUAAAACAACUUUAUUCUGAUGCCGCGAUUAUAUUUCUUAGGAUAGGUUUAUUAGAUAAUAAAGAUCCCGUGGGGUUAAAUAAAAUCAUGAUCGAUCUUAAAACGCAAUUAUCACGGCUCGGUUUUUUACCUGAUUAUCCACAAACGCCAGAUUUAUCCAUUCGAAAAGCGCUUUGUUCUGAGUGUAUGGUAGAAAACGAAGUAAUUAGUUAUAUUCAGAUUAAAGAUCAUUUGCAUUUGUUCGUAAGAAACGUAUUAAAAGCGUAUCUAUUAAAGCUAUCUGCGUUAUUAAGCGAAUUACAUAACGUUUGCCUUCGAAUUUUUAUUCUAUCCGCUUUCGAUAUGGCGAGAGAGAUCCAAAUUACUCCUCGAAGAAUCCAUUACGCCCAAGAUGUUGAGCAAAAACUUUUUAAAUCACUUAUGGAUAUUGCUCUUAUCAGGCAAACUGAAAUGGUUAAAAUUAUCCAGGAUUCUCUAGAACAGAUGAGGAAUAAUAUUGAUGUUGUUUUAGAUGGAUAUGAAUAUCAAGAAAACGAAAUAAAAUUUGAAAAAGUAGCAACCAUGGAAAUUCAUCAUUUAGUUUUUCAAAAACUAACAAACAUCGUCGCGUCACGUUUAGUACAUUCCGUCGGUUACUUGCGUGAAAGUUACACAGGAACCCUCCAAAGAUGUCUCGAAAGCUUGGAGAAAAACUGUCAUGAACUCGAAGGUAGUCUACUCGCAUCCGACGCUGUUAAACAAAUCGUUAACGCUGCGUAUAACAUAGACUUAAAAUCGUUUGCGACUUUCUCCCUCGUCCAAUCUUUCGUUGAUCGGCUUCGAAAAUUGGUACAAAACUUCCCGUUCAAAUGGCACACGUGCUCCCAAAAAGUCCGAUUCGAUCGCGAAUGGCAACGUCAAGUAAUCUUAGAACUUUUAGAUUCGCUUAGUUACCACAGAUUGGCGAAGACGAUUUCAUCCCAAUUUCAAGAACACGUUAAAUCGUCGCACGAGGCGUUUCAUUCCGCUAUGAGAUUAAUCGAAAACCAGUUAUCUGGACAACUUGAAGAGACUGAAGAGCAACGAAUCGAUAUUCGUAAAAGACUGGCACCGAAAUUUGCAAGGCUCGCCCUUGAAAGUACGUCGUUAUGUGAUCUUAUACGCUGGGGGAUGCCCAGACAAAUUGUUGAAAUCGGUAGAGGACAAUAUGGAGUUGUUUUUGCGUGCGAACCCUGGGGUGGAGUACAACCUUGUGCUGUUAAAUCAGUUGUACCACCAGAUGAAAGACAUUGGAAUGAUUUAGCGAUGGAAUUUUAUUAUACCAGAACAAUUCCGGAACAUCCUCGGAUUGUAAAAUUAAGAGGAUCAGUUAUUGAUCAUAACUAUGGAAAUGGUUGUCUCUCGGCUGUGUUAUUAGUUAUGGAGAGGAUGAAACGAGAUUUAUUCUGCGCGUUGAAAGAUGGUCUCACAUUUAUCCGCCGCAUUCAAAUCGCUAUUGAUGUUGUUGAAGGAAUCAGAUAUUUGCACUCCCAAGGUCUUGUUCACAGAGAUGUUAAACUAAAAAAUGUUUUAUUGGAUGGAAAUGAACGCGCAAUGUUAACAGACUUCGGAUUUUGCAUACCGGAGGCUAUGAUGUCUGGUAGCGUAGUUGGUACGCCCGUUCACAUGGCACCGGAAUUACUUUCCGGGCGUUACGAUUCUAGCGUUGAUGUAUAUGCUUUUGGAGUACUUUUUUGGUUUUUAUGUGCCGGGCGGGUGGAGUUGCCGGGACAUUUUGAACAUUUUAUGAGUAAAGAACAGUUAUGGAAUAGUGUGAAAAAGGGUAUGCGACCCGAGUGUUUGCCAAAUUUUGACACGGAAUGUUGGAAUUUAAUGGAACAAUGUUGGGCGGCCGAACCGUGCGAGAGACCUUUGCUGGGUGACGUUCAACCCCAAUUGGAAGAUAUUCUCAAUAGGGCUACAAAAAAAUAGUUUAAAUAAAAUCUUUUUAUGUUUACAGAA